AUGCGGUCCACCUUUCUCCUCGCUUUCCUCGGUCUCCUCUCCGCCGUCCUGGCCUCACCCCUCCCCCUGUCCGCCUCCACCUCACUCGAAGCCGCGGACACCUCCUCCAAAUCCUACAACACCUACUUCCACAUCGGCGAGGCGGGAUCAGGCGCCGGCGCAGGGGUAUCAGAGACUGUGCUCGAUCUAGAAGCAGUAGAGGCGGCCAAGGAGGCGAUCAAGGAUAAGCUGGACAGCGGGGCGCAAGAGGAGGAGGAGAAGGUCAAGAGCCGGGUGAUGAAGUUCCGGGGCGGCAUCAGUAGGGGCGGGGCGGGGGCACAUCCAUGA